UGAACAUCUUUUAUUUAUGUAACUGUUUGGUGUAUUAGUUGAAAACGGCGUAAAAAUAAAGAAACUGUAAAUUCCCACUCAUAUUGGGCCCAUGAAUGCACCUUUGCCCAUAGUCAUUGUGCCCUUUUUCCCCAUAAACUAUAAUUAAACGCCUCAUGGACCGCUCUUGCCUAUUGUUACUGAAGAGAUUUAAGGCGGCCAUCUUGGAGCGGUCGACCGUUCCACUCAGCUUUAUGUUUAACAGACUCAAUGAUGUAUCAGCGCAUCAGCGAGAUCGCUUCUCGGCCUUUUGGCUCAGACAGCGGUCCCCUCCUUUGGGUGGUGAUAGCGGUAGUCUUUGUGACUUGGCUGUUACCACUGAAUUAGAGGUUCAGUAAAUUUUGUCCCCGGUUAAGAUAUUGACCACUAAGUAGUGGAAAAUAUCUUUUACCUUUUAUUUGUAUUUAUUGGUGUUUCUUAACUAUUUAUUGGUUUUAGUAAAGGUUUUAAACCUUUUACUGGUGGUGCCUCCACCAUGGCGGCUAGCCAUGCCGGCAUGCGGAGGCACCACAGUGUUCGUUUUUUAUUUAAGGAAAGAGAAGAAGAAAAUAGAAUAACGAGAUUGGACUUUUCCAGGAAGCUAAUUCAACAGGUGCUGAAGUUUCGGCCAGAUGACCUGAAUUGUAUCCUUACCCUGCCUUUCAAUAAGGGAUAUGAUGUAAGUUUUUGCUCUGCCGCACUUCUCAAGGAGUUUUGGACACGGUUUGAAAAUGCUAAGACCCAGUUUUCAGUAUUUGACGUCGAGAAACUGACUGACAACUCCCUGAAAACGGUGAUUGUCAGGAUAUUCAAUGAGACUGUCAGUGCUGAAGACAUCUGUAUGUGGCUGGGUAGAUACUGCACUGUGAGAGGCCAGGCUAUGAAGGUGCGGGAUGUGGACGGCAUCUGGAACUGUGCUUGGCGGGUUCCCAUUAAACAAUGGGAAGACCCCCAAGGCUUCCAGGGCCUGAAGCAUCUCCCCUCAAUGAUAGUCCUGGGGGAGAACAGAGGCUACAUUCACUAUCAAGGCCAACCCAAACUGUGCCGGAAGUGCGGCGAGCAUGGUCAUCUGGCCGAAACUUGUGAAAAGGUUUUCUGUGGUAAAUGUCGAGAAGUGGGACACACUUUUGAUGAAUGUACGAACGGGCGGAAAUGUAAUUUGUGUGGUGGGCAGGAUCAUUUGUUCAGAGACUGUCCAAAGUCGUUUGCAAAUAAACUGAAAAAAGGAAAAGAGACGCCAACGGAAACGGCUAAUGAGCGAGUGGACGCAGCUGGGUCGGAAAUUUCAAAUCUCCCGCCAGGUCCUCUGAUUGGAGGAGAGGAGGAGAGGGCGGGAAGCGGGGAGGGGAAGGAAGCCCCCCCCCAGACCGAAACAUCCAGUGAGGGCGGGGAGAUGCUAACCGAAGGCGGAGCUAGCUCGGACUCUGAGGAAGAACAGACGGACAGCAGCGAUGAUGCCCCCCUCCCCGACGCCCAGCUGGCUAAGAGGCCGGCAUCUGAGUCACCUCCCGACCUUACCCCCAAGGUAGGGAAGAGAGGAAGGCUGGAGGAACUCUUCGGUUCUUUCGGAGAGGAAUCCAGAGCCUUCCUCGCUGGCUCAUCCAAUGAGGUCUCGUUCCUAGACUUUGCUCACCAAUCAACCCCGGAGGACCCAAACAAGGACCGGGAACCAGUGACUCCAGUGCGCGGCCUCCUGUAUGGAGACGCCUCCACCGUUUGGCGCAACGUGAGCCGUCCCGUCCUUCCAAACAGACUCCAGGACCUGUAAUGGAUGGUGGCUCGUGGGAUC